CCGGCGUCAGGCACUUUCCAUGGGCACCUAAAAGGUCCUGCUGCCGUUUGACAUUCCUUGGCUGUGUUAGUGAAGCGGCUCGCAUGGCGGCGCGGAGGGGAGUGUGUUGUGCUGUGCUGUGCUGUGCGUGAGGGGAUUUGAGCUGAUAGUGUGAUGGCUCUGAUGGUGGGUUUGCUCUCAGCUGCUCCUGUCCGCUUUGGACUGAGAAGGACUUUACAGCGCUCUUCACUUACCGCUGCUGCUCUCGGAAAACUUUCAUCAGCCAAAUUAAAGCCCCGCUUGAACAGGAACCUGACACUGAAUUGCCUGAAGCCCCUGUGGACUGUAAAUAAUCCCCCCUGGUCUAGAGCUAUACUUUACUCAAACAACACUUCUUCUAAAGAUGGACAGCCAGGUGGACCAGAGCAUCAAUCGAGUGGAGGAGGAGGAGGAAAGAAAGGAGGGAAGAGAGACUGGAAAAGCCGUUUACAACAGGGUGAUAUUCCAUGGGAUGAUAAUGAUUUCCGCUACAUGGCAGUCACAGUGGCCGGCGUUGCCUCAGCCCUGCUCUACUUGUACCUCCGUGAUCCAGGCAACGAGAUAACUUGGAAAGACUUUGUCCAUCGCUACUUGGCCAGAGGACUAGUUGAGAGUUUGGAGGUCAUUAAUAAGCAGUUUGUCAGAGUCCUCCUAGUCCCAGGAGCAGACACUUCAGAUGGAAGCUAUGUAUGGUUCAACAUUGGCAGUGUCGACACUUUUGAGAGAAACCUAGAGGCAGCUCACUAUGAGUUGGGACUGGAGCCCUUGAACAGAGUGGCAGUGGUGUACCGCUCAAAGAGUGAUGGGUCUUUUAUCAAAAGCAUCAUUCCUACUUUGCUGCUGAUUGGUUUUCUGCUCUUCACCGUACGACGAGCAUCAAUGGGUGGAGGUGGUGGAAAGGGGCGUGGGCUUUUCGGCAUGAGUGAAUCCACUGCUAAGAUGAUGAAGGACAACAUCGAUGUGAAGUUUAAAGAUGUAGCUGGGUGUGAGGAGGCAAAACUGGAGAUCCUAGAGUUUGUCAACUUUCUGAAGAACCCACAACAGUACCAGGACCUGGGUGCUAAGAUUCCUAAGGGGGCUGUGCUGUCAGGACCUCCAGGAACAGGCAAGACUCUGCUGGCCAAAGCCACUGCUGGAGAAGCCAACGUCCCCUUUAUUACUGUCAAUGGCUCAGAAUUUCUUGAGAUGUUUGUGGGAGUCGGUCCAGCCAGGGUAAGGGACAUGUUUGCUAUGGCAAGGAAGAACGCGCCAUGCAUCCUUUUCAUAGAUGAGAUUGAUGCAGUUGGCAGGAAGAGAGGUGGAGGAAACUUUGGUGGUCAGAGUGAGCAGGAGAACACCCUCAACCAGCUGCUUGUGGAAAUGGACGGUUUCAACAGCAGUACAAAUGUUGUGGUCUUGGCUGGAACAAACAGACCUGACAUCCUGGACCCUGCUCUGAUGCGGCCUGGGAGAUUUGACAGGCAGAUUUAUAUAGGUCCUCCUGAUAUAAAGGGAAGAGCCUCUAUCUUUAAAGUUCACCUGAGGCCCCUCAAAUUGGACCCAAAUCUAGACCCAGAUGCCCUUGCUAGAAAAAUGGCUGCUUCCACCCCUGGUUUCACAGGAGCUGACAUUGCUAAUGUGUGUAACGAAGCUGCCCUAAUUGCUGCCAGGCAUCUCAGUGGAGCCGUUAAUACCAAACACUUUGAACAGGCCAUCGAGAGAGUGAUCGGAGGUCUCGAGAAAAAGACACAAGUCUUACAGCCCCCUGAGAAGAAGACAGUGGCUUAUCAUGAGGCUGGACAUGCUGUAGUUGGUUGGUUCCUCGAGCACGCUGACCCACUGCUCAAGGUUUCUAUUAUUCCACGUGGGAAAGGUCUGGGCUAUGCACAGUACCUUCCUAAAGAGCAGUACCUGUACACGCGGGAGCAGCUGUUUGACAGGAUGUGCAUGACGCUGGGUGGUCGCGUGGCUGAGCAGGUUUUCUUUGGUAGAAUUACCACUGGUGCUCAGGAUGACCUGAAGAAAGUCACACAGUCAGCCUACGCUCAGAUUGUGCAGUUUGGGAUGAGUGAAAAGGUGGGCCAGGUGUCGUUUGAUCUGCCACGGCAGGGCGACAUGGUGCUAGAGAAGCCUUACAGCGAGGCCACGGCAGAGCUCAUUGAUCAGGAGGUCAGAGAUCUAGUGGACAGCGCCUACCAGAGAACUCUGAAGCUCAUCACGGAGAAACGUGACCUGGUUGAAAAGGUGGGAAAGCGUCUCCUGGAAAAAGAGGUGCUGGACAAAGCUGACAUGGUGGAGCUUCUUGGUCCCAGGCCGUUUGAGGAGAAAUCCACCUAUGAGGAGUUUGUAGAUGGCACCGGCAGCUUUGAGGAGGACACGAGCCUACCUGAGGGGCUAAAGGACUGGAACAAGGAAAAAGAGAAGUACCAGGAUGAGGUGGAAACCUCCCAAAAGAAACAGGCAGCUUAAAAUCUGAAUGAGAUCUGAAUUCUAAAAUCAGGCUACUCUCUUAUCGGACACACUCACGGAAGUGGCUUUUCUGUGCUGACUCCUGGUUGUGACGUGGCUGCAUUUCACACUUGUGGAAUGUUAAUAAGAGGCUUGUAAUAGGAUUUGAAAUGCCUUAAUAAUCCACAGUAGAAGCAGGAAUGAAAGCGUAGGAAAACAGGAAAAUUUGAUACUGAUGUCCGUACACUAUUUCAUUUUUACAAUAUCGGAUAUAUGACUUUAUAUACAGUGUUUUACUUAAUUUAUAGAGUUUUAGGAGCUAGGUGAUAUACUGACUUUUCUUUACUUUGUGAAUUUUUAAAAUCCUCUUGAUGAAAGGGGAAGAGAAGAGAUGAUGCAGUGUACAUUUGUAAAAUUUGCAGACGGGUCUGAAAACCUUAUUUGAACAAACCUGUAUAUUGUACUUAUUUAAUUAAACAAACUUAUUCUGCCACAA